UGUUUUCUUUUAUUGUGUGUUGUUAAGACGUCUUCAUCAUUUUAAUCGUGGAGCUUUAUUUCAUUGACGCGGUCGGAACACAAAGCUGUGACGCAAGCGGAAGUAAACAGACAAAGGAGCUGCGGUGAAGUGGAGAAUCGGGUUUUAAUCGGGUGUUUUUUACGGUCAGAUUCUCGGACGGUUCGACAGCAAUGGAGAAACAGCAAGAGAUUGACGAUGUCCAGCAGCUACUGGUGAAAGAAGAGCCUCAAGAAUGGUGCCCAAGUCUGAACCAGGAGGAACCAGAACAUCCCUGUACUGAGGAGGACGAGGAAGAUGUUUCUGGGUUCUCCUUCAAUAGCAUUGUAGUGAAGAUUGAAGAGGAUGAAGAGAAACCGUCACUCUCACAGCUGCGUCAGCGAGAGGAUGAGCCUCCAACCAGCAGCUCAACUCAACACCUGAAAACAGAAGCUGAUGGAGACGACAGUGAAGGAGCAGAACCAGCCAGUUAUUUAGAUCCAGAAAUACACUCUGACCACCAGAGGCCGCUCUCAUCUGGAUCUGACAUUGAUGACAGUGAAGACUGGAGGGACACCAGCAACACUCAGUUGUGUUCAAAGUCUGUGGAGAAUCCAGUAGUCAGUCAGAUGAGAGAUGAUGCUGACAAUGUCUCGCUGAGCUGCUCCAGAUGUGGGAAGCGUUGCUCUUCCAAGUCCGACCUGAAUCUGCAUCGGUCAGCAUGCAGUCGUGAAGGAUCUCUGCGAUGCUCUAUUUGCGCAAAAUCUUGCAAGACGAGAAAACAUCUCAUUAUUCAUGAGAAAAUUCAUGCUGGAGAAAAACCGUACGCUUGCUCUGAAUGUUGUAAAACAUUCAAUCAUCGAUCAAAUCUGAUUAAACACGUUCGAAUGCACACUGGGCAGAAACCAUACUCUUGCUCAGAAUGCAGCAAAACGUUCAACCAGCGACCAGAUCUGGAUCGACACUCACGAGUUCACACCGGAGAGAGGCCUUUCUCUUGCUCAGAAUGUGGGAAAUGUUACAAGCAGAAGGGACAACUGAACACUCACAUGAAAAUUCACACAGGAGAGAACCUGUUCAACUGCUCGGUUUGUGAGAAAUGUUUUGGAGAGGAGAGAGGACUGGAGCGUCACAUGAGAAUUCACACGGGAGAGAAACCGUUCUCAUGCUCAGAGUGUUGUAAAACAUUUAAUGGACGAUCAGAUCUGAACAGACACAUGCUGAGGCACACAGGAGAGAAACCCUUUCAGUGCUCUCAGUGUGAUAAAUGCUUUAAUCAGAGUGGAGAUCUGAGAAGUCACAUGCGAGUCCACACGGGAACGAAACCAUUCUCUUGCUCUAUCUGUGGUAAACUGUUUAAUCGGAAUGCAAAUCUGAAGAGUCACAUAAGAACUCACACAGGAGAGAAACCCUUCCUUUGUUCAGAAUGUGGUCAGCGCUUCAAUCGGAGUGGACAGCUGAAGAGUCACAUGACUGUUCACACAGGGGAGAAACCCUUCAGUUGCCAACAAUGUGAUAAAUGCUUUGUUCGAAAUGGGGAGCUGAAAAGUCACAUGAGAAUUCACACUGGAGAAAAACCAUUUGGUUGCUCUGAAUGUGGUAAAGGAUUCAAACAGAGAAGGUCAAUGGUUAGACAUAUGAGAACACACACAGUGUAAAAACUGUUACUCAGGAUGCGGAAACUAAUCGGACCAAGCAACCUGGAGGCAUAGUUCAGGCCCAGUCUACUGUGUUUGAGUUUGGGCCUACUUUACUCCAUCACUGUUGCCAUAGUUUGUGACACAUAUUGAAUGGUGGGCUAUGCGUAAAUCAUGUAAACAUGUCUGGUCAGCAGUGUGUACUUCUUCUACGCAGGUGGACAGGCUCAAUGGAAAGUCUUCUAUGUUUGUCAGUUAUCUUCUGUUUGAUUUGUUAUCCCAUCCAUCAUAAUUUUUUCAUUAUUCUGUGAGAAACUUUUUUUUAAUCCCAAUGAUUGUGGAAAUGAACAGAAAAGGAAAAUCAUAAUACUCUAUGAUAGAUUUUCUAAUCUAAUUUAUUGAGUUUCCCCACUGUGGGACAAAAAAGAACAUCGAAUCCAGAGGAGGGCAAUUAAAGUUCCUAAGGGGCCACAUUAGAAACCAACCGGUCUGAGGAGCCAUCAUCAAAAGACAGACAGCGAUCUGGAUCAUUCCCAAAAUCGAAUCGUUACUUCCUCGUCCCACUUCACACAUGUACUGAAAAUCCCUCCAUAACGUUUCAAGUUAUUUUGAACACAAACAAACACCAUCGAAAACAGAAGCAGGUGAAAGUUAUGAACCAUAUAUAUAAACGAAACAGCUACAUGAAAGGCACAGCAGCGACGUUUGCUGGACAAGAGAUGAAUUGCUGUAUAUAAACGAAUUAAGGACGGAAUAUGGAAUGUCGACUUUCAUCAACAGUGUUCUUUGAUCAGAUUGCCCAACAGUGAUGGAGAAACGAGGUUCCUGGAAGGCCAGUGCAGUGUUCAGGAUGUGGUCCAGAAAACCGCGUCACUAUCUGAAUGAACACACAUUUGUUGUCGUGACACAGUGAAUAAAUGAUCACAACUGACCGUUGUUUUCACUGUUUAUACUCCAAUUCUACCUACCUGUGCGAUCUGUAAAUUCAAUCGUUUUACAACAAGAUUUUCUCUUUACAAAAGGAAGAGCGCGGAUAAUAUAUCAAGAUACAAAUGUCUACUUAUUUUGGAACCAAACGGUUCCCUCAGCGGAACCAUUGCUCGCUCCUUCGACGGGACGGGAGCGCGGGACACCGGAAGUAAUCAAUUGUACUGCAGCGCAACCAGUUUCGGGUGGUUCGGAAUAUGACGGAAUACCUUGACAACGACUUUCAGCGUCAAGUUGUGGAGAUUGUUCGCAGAGCUACGGAUCAGACGGACCCGGCAGGUUCGUCUAAAGGCGACGCUUUUGGGGCAAAUUGUUGUUCUAUUUUGUUCCACUGGUGGGGGUUGGAAUAGGAUGUCAUAUAUAAAUGUAUGAAACUUUACAGGCCUCAGUGAACACAAAUCAUUUGAAGAGUCGAAUUGUUCUCACUCUCACCGAUGUGUGCUUCCGCCCCUCGUGCGGUCAGAGAGCGACAGCUGGUGGCGUCAAUGAAGACCAACACGUCUGACAAGGUUCCAGUCACGAGUUGACAGUAGCUGGUUCUCACGCUAAAAAGAGUGACUUAUUCUAGGAAGGAAAGAGCUACACACUCCGUUCUUGUUCACCUGAAUCGUUGUCCAGCACAUAUAUCAGUAAUAUAUUUCAUGUUAAAUAGAGUAAAAUGAUCUCCAGUGAUUGAGAAUGAUCUGAUUGUAUGUUGUGUUUUAAAAUCUAAAUGUCCUGAGCUGUUCACAUGAUCAGGUGACUGAAACAAGCUGGCUGGGGAAACUGUCAAGUGUUCUAGUAUCCAAAGGGACCUAUAGAACACCACCAAGGUCCAGUUACUCUUAGAUAGUCGAUUUAAAACCCAGAAAGAUUGUUUGAAGUAUGUGUGCCUUUUUUGGAGUUAUUCUGUUUACAAACUGAUGCAAAAACACAGGGCUCCAAUCACAACAGCAAUCGGCCCGUCCAACUCUUCAUUUUGUAAUUACACUCUUCUAACAUUGGGGGGCAGCCAGUAACUAAUAUAUGCUGCUGUGACUGAACCAAGAGUUUUUGUUUCUCUGCAGUGAAAGAGGAGCAGGAGGACUCCGAACCUUCUGACAUUAAAGAGGAACAGGAG